GACGAAGAAGACGGCGACCACCGUUCGGUGAAUGGCGGUAAUGCAACAACACCCUGGAGUGCGAACGGCCCUCAACAAACCACCGAAGAAGAAAGACCACUGCUCACCCUCCACCAACAUGAAGGGACCAAUGGCAGUUUCUGCCCCGGACUUUAAAGAAUAGGCCUCGCUAUUUCUACAAGUGCUGAAUCCACUUCCUGGACUUAAGUAGAUGCGACGCCGAAUAAAUAUCUUGGUCCUGCAGAAUGUCCAAGAUCAGGCGGAAGGUAACAGUGGAGAAUUCAAAAACCAUAUCUGAUAGCAGCAGCAGCAGCAGUACCACGACCAGCAGCACCAGCAACCCCGCCGGCCCGUCCCGCCGGCCCAGUGUGUUUGAAAGACUUGGACCCAGCACUGGGACUAAUGCUGCUGAUAGUCACUGCAGAAAUUGGCUGAAGACCGGUAAUUGCAGUUACGGCAACACUUGUCGCUACACACAUGGAACUCAGCCACGAGGCAAAGGAUUUAGCUUCAGCCGGUCAGCCGAGAGACCCACAGGUGAUCUGCGGGAGAGGAUGAAGAAUAAAAGACAGGAUGUUGACCCAGAAAACUUAAAGCGAGAUCUAGACGAGCCCACAUCCCCCACAGCGAGACAGAGAGACUCCUCCAGAGGCCGACACAGGGAAAAGGAGGAUAUAAAGAUCACAAAGGAGCGCACCCCAGCCAGUGAAGAAGAGCCCACAGAGUGGGAAACCAAUCGCGAAGAUUCCGAUAUCGGUGACUACGACUACGAGUUAUCUCUCGAGAUGAAGCGACAGAAGAUUCAGCGUGAGCUGAUGAAAUUGGAGCAGGAGAACUUGGACAAGAGGGAGGAGAUUGUCAUUAAGAAAGAAGAGACCCCCACCAAAACAAGAGCCACCGCCAUGCCAAAGGCCUCCCCAGAGCCGUUAAGCAAGCAAGACUCACCCUCAUCCAGGAAGUCAAGUGGAUCCCCAAAACACAAAAGUGCUACCAAAGGCCCAAGCUCUGGGAAGAAAGAGAAGAAGGCACUAGUGCCUUCACCUGUUUCCGAAUCUACCAGGCCUUCAAAAGGGAGCCACAGUAAGAAGAAAGGGCCCAGGACCCCCAGUCCUCCUCCCCCAGUCCCUCUAGAUAUUCCUGUAGUUGGGAAGAAACACAAAGGCAAGCACAAGAACAAGGAGAAGUCUGAGGAGAAGCAGAAAGAGGCGAAAGAUCGGGGGCGAGAUACAGAAAAACACAAAGAGAAGAAGGAGAAACGCAGGGACCGAUCAGACAGUUCCCACAAGGCCAAGCGGUCGUUGACAUCGGAGGAGCGUUCCGGUAGUGUGUCAUCUCCCUCCAGGGGCACAUCCCCCCCAGCCAGGAAGAAAUCCACCUCCCCUAAAGCUUUGUCCCAUAAGACCCCCACACUGGUCUCCCCUCCUCGCAGGUCACCCUCACCUCCACGCCACCAGCGCACCCCCACUCCUCCGCGCCACCACUCACCCUCCUCCCACUCGGGUUCCUCUGCCCAGCGGCACUCUUCGUCUCCUCGUCGCCGCCGCUCGUCCUCUCCCACCUACCACCGGAGUAGCGCGGCAGCCCCGACGUCUGCCUCCUCCCCUCCGAGCUCCCGACGCUCCCGAUCACCCCCCGCCUCCCACAGCGCCUCCUCUCCCCACCGCCGAUCUGACCGAUCGAGCCCCAGCCAGCGCCACUCCAGGGGCCGUGAGAGGAGCCGCGGUGAAAGAGAGAGGAGUCCGCCUGCUCAGGAGCGCAGGCAGGAGCGCAGAGAUGAAAGCCGCAGCAAGCGGGAAAAAGAGCGCGAUGAUCGGGACUACGACUCUGAACAGGUCUCAUCACGGGACGCUCGCGAUGACCGGGAGACUAGAGAGGCCCGUGAGCGACGGGACGCUCGAGACCGAGGAAGGGAAACAACUCGAGACUCUCGUGACCAUCGAGACAACAGGGACGUAAAGGACUCCAGAGAGAGCAGAGCAGAGACCCGCUCCAGUCGAGAGUCGCUGGAGCGCCGGGACCGCGAACGGGAACGAGAGAGGGACCGGGAGAAGGAGAGGGAGAAGGACAGAGAGAGAGAAAAGGAGAGAGAGAGGGAGAGGACUGACACCACCACCCACAGGAAGGAGGAACCGGCUCAGGAGGACAGGAAUUAUGGGAGAGGUCAUGGACGGGAAGAUGGAGGGAGGGCUGAAGUAAAGACGGAGAACAGGACGGACAGAACUGAGAGAAAUGGACGAGGGAGAGGGCGUGCUAAUGAAACUUCUGAUAAAGGCUCAAACAGGAACUCCCGGGGUUCCCAACUGGAGAGCAGCCAUGACAACUGGGAGUCACGUAGCAGCGCGGUGCGUGAACGGAGUGUAGAGAGGAGCACCGAUCGCAGUGCUACCGAAAGGAGCUCUGAGAGGGGCUCAGACAGAGAUCGCUAUGAGGGUGACAGGAGAGGGGAGCAGGCCAGAGACUCCUCAUACGACCGGAGAGGAGGCCACGGAGAGCGCGAUCGCAGAGACAACCGAGAGAGAGGUGGCGAGCAACGAGCAGCUUCCCCAAAUAGACACCAGGGGAGAUCAGAUGAGUCUGAGAGGGAGGAGAGGAGGGAGGACCGCAGGACAGAUAGAACAGAAGAGAGGAGAGACGACAGGCCCCGGGAGCGAGAGAGAGAAAGGGAGAGGGAGAGGGAGAAAGAGAAGGACAGGGAAAAGGAGCGAGAGAAAGAGGCAGAGAGGGAGCGCACCAGGGAGAGAGAGCGGGAGCGGGAACGAGAGAGGGAGAGAGAGCGAGAGAGGGAAAGGGAGAGGGAGGAGCGAGAGCGAGAGAGGGAGGAACGGGAGAGGGAAAGGGAGAGGAAGGAGCGAGAGAGGGAGAGGGAGAGAGAGCGAGAGAGGGAGCAGCGAGAGCAGCGGGAGAGAGAGAGGCAGCGGGAGUGGGAGGAGCGAGAGAGAGGACGAGAGGAAAGGCGGGAGAGGAGAGAUGACACCAGGGAGGACCGAACCGUCAGAGACACCCGGGAUGACCGCAAGACGAGUCGCAAGAGGCCCAGGGUGGAGAGCAGCCCGAGUCCCAGAGCCUCGCCCAAACGAGCAACUCGGGACCUCAGUCCUGCAGAAAGCGACGGCUACAACAGUGCGGACGAGAAAAGUGAGCGCCCGAUUGGCCGAGGGCAGGCCAAGCUCCACCCUCCGCCCCUCCUCCCCAGCCCAGUGUGUCUGCAGCCGCCUGACAGUGCUGACAAAAAUCGCAUGCUGAGCCAGGUGGUGCGGCCCCUGGAGCCCUUGUUGCGUUCUCCACCGAGGGCUGCUCCGUCCGAUGAGAAGCCCAGGAAGGAUGAGGAGCGCAGAGGAGCCGGAGACAAAAGGGAAGCACGCAACCGCCAUGAGGACCUGGAGCCUCGUGGGGAACGGAGCAGAGGAGGCGACAGACGAGGAGAGCCCCUCGCGGACGCCCCGUCCGAAUCCCGUAGCCGAGUCAGAGACCAGCGAGAGUCCACGCCACCUCCGCCGCCACUGCCCCCGCCCCCCCCUCCCCCAGCUCUCACCACUGGCAGCGAAGACAGAGACACUGCUGGUACCCAGUCCCAUGAGGAGGGUAAAAAGAAGACAAAGUCGCAGAGGAAGGGACUGAAGAAGGGUCGUAAGGAAGAGGUUGUAGUUGGCAACAUUGUGGCAGCUGCGGUAGAUCGUUUCAAGUCCGAGCCCCCAAUCAGCGUUGCGAUCGAUGGAACUCCUCCCAUACACUCGCCCAAGAAAGGAGCCAAGAAGAAGGCGCUUGAACGAAAGAGGAAACGGUCACGAGAAGGAGAAUCUGAUGUGUCCGAUGAGGAUGUAUCUGCCCCUCAGCCUCUUAAUAAGAGGAAGCGAGGGCCCAGGACGCCACCGCCGUCAAUGAGGCCUGAUCAUCGUGGUCCUGGAGCCAACACGGAGCCAUCUUCUCUGUCCAAAAUGGACAACUUCAGUGACUGGUCAGAUGAUGAUGUCACAGACCGAGCAGCACCAGUGGAAACACAAGCUCCACUGGUUCCGGCUGAGCCUCUGAAGAGAGGUGGUGGUCCCAGAGUGGGCAGGGACAGGGAGCGGUGCCACCCUCCGCCCAUUGCCCCUCUGCUCCCCCAAGACCCUCCGAUGCUGCUGCCGACUCUGACUCCGCAGCCCCUCAUGUCCCAGCCCCUGCUCCGCAAACUUCCCCCGGAUCAGACGCGCAGCAGCAGCAUGGGGAGCAACCAGAGUCGCACAUCAUCCAGACGCCUGCGAUCACCCUCCAACGAGCCAGCCCACCGAGAUGACCCCCAAGGUCCACGACCCCGCCGCGGCAGGCUCCAGGGCGCCAACUCUCGGGACCGAGAGAGGGAAAGAGAGAGGCCGGUCGUGACGGAGCCUCCAGGGGUCGAGAGGAAGUCUCGGAUUGACCAGUUGAGGAGGGGAGAGCCCAGCCGCAGCACCUCCUCAGACCGGCAGGAUUCACGCAGCCACAGCUCCAGGCGCAGCUCCCCUGACUCUGAGAAGCAGGCCAGGUCAGGGUCCCGUGCCGGCUCCUACGACAGUCGAGAACGGGAGAGAGACAGGGAGCCGUUUGAGCGAGAACGAGACCGAAAGGACCUCCGGCCUCCGCAGCAGCAACCUCCUCCUCCUCCGCAGCAGCAGCUUCAGCAGCUGCAGCAGCUGCAGCAGCCCCUGCUCCUCCAACAGCCCCUCCAACAGCAGAGAGACUGGGAGCCUGAACCUAGGGACUGGCCUAGCAGGGUACGGGAGCCCCUACUGAUGCGUCCUGGCCGGGAACUUCUCCUUAGGGAGCGGGACAUCAGGGACAGAGAACGCUUACUCCCCGAAGGACUCAUCCAGCAGCACGAGCGGGAGCGGGAAAGAGAGCGAGAGAGGGAGCGAGAGAGGGACAGUAGAGGUGACCGAGGAGACCGAAUGAUGAUGGACCUGCCGCCCCACGGGGACCCCAGGGCCCCAGGACGAGGUGACCUGAGGGGUGACAUAAGGGGAGACCUGCGAGGGGACAUAAUGAGACAAGAGAGAAGCGAAUAUGAGCCUCUGCUGCCAAGAGAAGCCUUCAGCCCUCCAGAGCUGGAGAAACCAAGCAACAGUCACCAUCUCCUGGGAGAGCAACGAGAGCUGGAGAAGACUGACAGCAUCGAAGGAGACGAUGAUGGGAAAGAAAACGAUGGCCAGUCAGUCGCAUCUGUGGGAGAGGAGUAUGAACCAAUCAGUGAUGAUGAGCUGGAUGAAAUUUUGGCUGACAGCCAGAAAAAAGAGGAUCAGCAGGACGAUGAAAAAAUUACAGGUCCUCUGGAUGUAAUUGAUGUGGACUGGUCCAGCCUGAUGCCCAAAACGAAGCCGGAACCCCGGGCAGCAGGGGCAGCGUUGCUCCGGUUCACCCCAGGCGCCGUGCUUCUUAGGGCGGGAAUCUCCAAGCGCCUCGCUGGGCCUGAGCUCCUGGAGCAAGUCAGAGAGGUGUGCAAGUCUGAGCUGGACGACCCCAAAGAUGCUGACAAGCUGUUCGAACAUGACCUGGGGGCUCUGAAUAUGGCGGCCCUGAACAGGCGGGUGGAGAGGGCAGGUUUGCUGAGAAACCUCGGGCCCUGCUGCAAGGCCCUGUGUGCCCGCAGGGACUUUGCCAUCCGCCGGCAGCUGUUAAAAAAUGAUAAGGGCCUAACCAAGCAUUACCCCGCUACGCCCGUUGUAGACACCGAGCUGCUGCAGAUGAGCAUGCGUCUCUUCAGAAGGACCAUGGCUGGCCCGGCCGCGGGCCCAGAGCGGCCCGAAGGUGGGUCGGCAUCAGCAGCAGAGGUCGUUCCAGCUGGUAGUAGUAAGCUCGGCGCAGCACAGCCUGAGGUGUGUGUGUCCUAAGAGAAAUGGGUUUUGAUUAGUCAAACGCAUGAAAUACAUGUCUGACUGUCCCGUUUCAUUUCAUACAUAGCAUUUUUAGUCAUGAGGAAAUAAAAGAAAACUGCAAAAUUGUGAAUCUUACUCCGUUAUGCUAUACAUGUUUUGUAUGAUCUGCAAGUGCUGUGCCAUAGACUACUGGACCUUCAAGUCUAUGGAGUUGUGUGAUGAACCAUGUAAGAGGCAUAAAACCCACCUAAAAUUACUUUUGUUUUUUUGUGCAUUGCAAUGUUUUAAAUCCGCUUUUUAACUUUUCAGUUUUACCUGCCUAACCAAGUUCUAAUGACUUUUGUUUUUGUUUGUUGUGCAUUGGUUGCUACGACUGUGCAUUAAAAUGGUUAGAUGUUGAUUUUUGUAACUGGUCCUUUGAUGUUGUUGUUUUUGUUUCGGUCAUAUUACAAAAUAUCUGCAGAGCAAAUCUAAAGCGUUUGCUGCAGAGUGUUACUGACCAACAACACUGAAACAUCCUGCAGGGACUUGAAUGAACAUUUCUCACAAAUAAGCACUGCCAAACUAUUCCUUCAUUGAAUGUAAGUUGUUACAAAUGUUAGUCUUUGGAGACAUUAUUGCUUUUUUGCUUGAUGUAUUUGUUUUGAAUGGUUUGGCAAUGUCUACCUGAAAUGAACUGAAGUGAGUGCAGAGCAGAGCACACUAAAGACUGCAGUGUCCCAGACCUCCAACACUGCCAUGUGGAUUUCCUGUCCAUAACGUUCACCAGCCCACACCAUCAAAAAAAGGAGCCAAAAUGGCCCCUGAUAGGAAAAGACACUAAACUGCUUAGUUUAAAAAAAUUUAAAAAAAGACUGAAAGGAUAAAUAAUUUGAGUUUCACGUCACGUUUCUGUUUUUCCAGUGGUUGACUAGCCAGAGUCAAUAAAAAGACUUGCAGGUGGAUAAACUGAA